GAUGCAGGAGAUGUUGAUGCACAUGGGCCGCUACUCCCACCUGCUCCAGGAGCCUCUGACAGGACUCAACGCCUCGAGCGCCACGGGUCGGGGGGAGUCUCGAACCCUGCACUUCCGCGUCGGGGAGUCAGCUUCCAAAUAUCCAGGUCUCCACGGCCAUGACGUGACGCUGAGCGCCGAGGAGUACCGCUCCCUGGUGGGCGGCUCUGACGUCACAGUGACGACUUCUAUAGACCUGGGACAUAGCCAUGAGCUGUUGCUACACUUCAAUCCGGCCGACCAGACAAUACACAUCAAGAUGUGUGACUGCAAGGCCCGCUGCUGGGACGGACAUCCCGAUAAACUGAUUAGGGAGUAGAGAAAUAACACAGAAGUGGGACAAGAACAGAAAGUUCAAAGACUUUUUUCAGAUACUGACGUAUUUGUUCCAUUAUGUACUCUCUGUGUUAGAUACCGAGUAACCAGAAGGAAAAAUCUUCAAUGAGUGUGGAUCUUGUACUGAAAUCAUGAACUGUACCGUCUUGUAUACAGCACAUUUCGUUAGUAAAUUAGAUAAAAACAAUUUCGUCAUUAUUUUUGAUUUGCACCCACCUCCAAAUUGAUGUAGAUAAAACAAAAAUAAAUAUUUGCAAAACCCAAACAGCAGAGGAUGUGGCACGUUUGGAACUCAUAACCAGCAGAUGAAACAUA